AUGGCUGUCUGCGCUCGCCUGUGCGGAGUGGGCCCGGCCCGGGGUUGCCGGCGUCGCCAGCAGCGCCGGGGCCCAGCCGAGGCGGCGGCGGCCGACAGUGAGCCGGACACGGACCCCGAGGAGGAGCGCAUCGAGGCGGGCACGGCGCUGGCCGGGGGUGGGCCGGGUCCCGCGGCGCCGCGCUGCUCGCUGCUGGAGCUGCCGCCCGAGCUGCUGGUGGAGAUCUUCGCCUCGCUGCCCGGCACCGACCUGCCCAGCCUGGCUCAGGUGUGCACCAAGUUCCGGCGCAUCCUGCACACCGACACCAUCUGGAGACGACGCUGCCGCGAGGAGUAUGGUGUCUGUGAGAACCUGCGGAAGCUGGAGAUCACAGGCGUGUCCUGCCGUGACGUCUAUGCCAAGCUGCUCCACCGGUACCGACACAUCCUGGGGCUCUGGCAGCCGGACAUCGGGCCCUAUGGGGGGCUGCUGAACGUGGUGGUGGAUGGCUUGUUCAUCAUCGGGUGGAUGUACCUGCCUCCCCACGACCCGCACGUGGACGACCCCAUGAGGUUCAAGCCUCUGUUCAGAAUCCACCUCAUGGAGAGAAAGUCGGCCACUGUCGAGUGUAUGUAUGGUCACAAGGGGCCUCAUCACGGCCACAUCCAGAUUGUCAAGAAGGAUGAGUUCUCCACAAAGUGCAACCAGACAGACCACCACCGGAUGUCCGGGGGCAGACAGGAGGAGUUCCGGACGUGGCUGCGGGAGGAGUGGGGCCGGACGCUGGAGGACAUCUUCCACGAGCACAUGCAGGAGCUGAUCCUGAUGAAGUUCAUCUACACCAGCCAGUACGACAACUGCCUGACUUACCGGCGGAUCUACCUCCCGCCUAGUCGCCCUGAUGACCUCAUCAGGCCCGGCCUGUUCAAGGGCACCUACGGCAGCCACGGCCUGGAGGUGGUCAUGCUGAGCUACCAUGGGCUGCGGGCCCGUGGCACCAAGAUCACCGGUGACCCCAACAUCCCGGCUGGGCAGCAGACGGUGGAGGUGGACCUGAGGCACCGCAUCCAGCUGCCCGAGGGGGAGAACCUACGUAACUUCAACGAGCUGUCCCGCGUGGUGCUGGAGCUGCGUGAACAGCUGCGGCAGGAGCAGCAGCGGCAGGAGGCCGGCGAGGGCGCGCACGGGGACAGCACGGUGCAAGGGGACGCCCUUGGCCCCGCCCUGUCCUCAGGAGAGCCACCUGCCAAGGGCGCCGCUGCAGAACCCGCCGAGGGCCCCCAGAAGCCCAAGGGCGGUGAUGAGGCCACAGCCCAGCAGCCCACUGAGUCGGGGCAGCCGUUCGUGCUGCCCUUGGGGGUGAGCUCCCGCAACGAGGACUACCCCCGUACCUGCAGGAUGUGCUUCUACGGCACGGGCCUCAUUGCUGGCCACGGCUUCACCAGCCCCGAACGCACGCCGGGUGUCUUCGUGGUCUUUGACGAGGACCGUUUUGGUUUCAUCUGGCUGGAGCUCCGCUCCUUCAGCCUCUACAGCCGGGUGCGGGCAGCCUUCCAGAACGCUGAGGCCCCGUCCCCGCAGGCCUUCGACGACAUGCUCAAGAACAUCCAGGCGCUGGCCUCCUGA